GUACUGUUCACACAACAUCUUCUCUUUGAACUCUCACCUUGUGAGCUCACUUUGAAGGGGUGAAACCUGGAUAAAAAAGUAUUUUGAUUCCAUCCUUAUUAUAUUUCAUUUAACUAUAAAUAGACCAAUUUCCCUCUAUAUGACCGAAGGAAAAGUGAAAUUAGGGUAAAAAGAGAUGUGUUUCAGUAACUUGAAGUUAGCCACUCCACACCACUUCGGACCUGGGUCUUCCCACACGAGUUGCAACGAGUUUUGGAUCUGGCGUACUCAUCCUCACUCCAGAUCUGAAGAUGGAGAAUGUCGCCCUCAGCAGAUUUGAUUACUCAAAGCCUAGCGAAAAUAUCCAUGAACUCAUUGUCAGACUCAUUGAUUGUGGUUCCAGUGCAUUAGCUCUCAUUUGACAUUUGUUUUUUGUAUUGAAAAACUUCUGACCUCUUUGUAGUCACCAAGCCAUCUACUGGAGAAGUGAUAUCAGAGCCCUGAAGUUCACUUUGGGAAACCAUGGAUUCAGAGUACAGACAUUUGUUCUAUAAUGAAGACUUGUGCUAGGAGAGGCUUACUUGGAACUCAGGUCAUCAAAUGAGACCGGCCCUUGCAUGUCAACAUCACUUUUGGCGACCAGUCUGUUGACAUCGAUCCUGAAAGCCGAGAAUGUACACCAGCCGCGCUCUCAGCAGAGCCGGAACUCCAUCUCAGAUUUGAUAGCGACAUGAAAGACCCUUCCCAAGGCUGGACCUUCGGUAUCAACAGUGCCGCGCGGAAGAUGUGCAAUGUCCUACUUGGAGUUCACGAUGACGUUCGACACAGCGGCAAAAAGAUCAGUGCCAAACACUUCCGGAUCUAUUUCAAUUUCGAGUCGGGAAUCCUUGUACUACAGAAUGAAUCACAGCAUGGUACUACCGUCCAAGUUAGAGGUGAAGAAGGGCACAAAACAAAGCUAGUUGGGCGCGCGCGCUGGUCGCUAGACGCUGCAAAGGUGACUGAAGUGACUGUGGACGACCUUGAAUUCCUCCUCUAUCAUCCCACUUUAAGUGGUGUACAGAAGCUCCAGCAUCAAUCAAACUGGCGAUUGUUUGCUGAGAAAUACAAAACAGCCAUUCCUGGACUCGGACAGCUCAUUCUCUCCUCUGCGGCAAGCACUAGACCGCCAUCCCAACGCAUGGGGUUGCGUAAUGGAUACACCAUGUUCGAGGGGAUUGGCCGAGGGGAAUUUGGAAUUGUUCGGAGGGCUGUUCAAUACCACAGUGGAGCAAUAUAUGCUGUAAAAGAGUUCUUCAGGGCCAGAGAUAAACAAGAGGCUAAAAACCUCUCAGAAAUUGCCACCCUUCAGUGCCUUUUGCAUCCUCACAUUGUUGAAUUUGUGGAUCUGAUUGCGGACCAAGCAGGCCUUGCUCUGAUCAUGGACUUUAUGCCACUGGGCAAUCUCAGAGACCAACACCGGCGUAAGAACCUCUCGCGCACAGAGUUGAAGACUAUUCUCCGACAGGUGCUCACAGCUGUCGCUUAUCUGCAUGGCGUUAAGCACGUCCAUCGGGACAUAAAACCAGAGAACAUCCUUCUCAAGGGCUGGGAUCCUCCGAUUGCUAAACUAUCUGACUUUGGUCUGACCGCGAGGGAUGGGUUCCUCACGACUGAGUGUGGCACAAAGAAAUAUGCAGCACCAGAGAUCUACAUUGGUCACUACGACAAAAGUAUUGACAUUUGGUCAACCGCUGUCACUGCCUUUGACAUCACUGAUAGACUUCCGGAUCCGGAAAACGAGUUCACAGGUGAUAAUUGGCCUGCAGAGGUUCAACGAAGAGUAACUGCAGCAUAUAGGGAAACAGGUGAUCCUUUCCUUCAGCUGUUAGAAGAGAUGCUCCAUAAGGACCCCAAAUCCAGGCCCUCAGCAGCAGCCUGUUUAUCUGACCACCGCCUGGAACCUUCUCCCAAGGACCAUGAGUUUGAUCUCAACCGACAGGGCUGUGUGGGGCAGAACUUGCCCACUACAGUCUUCAAGCCGACUGCUUUUAUCCGUGAUAGCUCAUUGCCGGCAACCAUACAAGGGAGUGAGACUCCCACUGAACGGGAUGAGAGCACGAAUGAUCCUGAGCCUGAGCGAAGGGGUACUUUUCUCCAACCCUACGAGUGCUUGCUUCAGUCGCCUACGCCGCUUCUCCCAGAGGCCUUGCCCUCACUUGAUAGCAGCUUUUGGAAUCAAUUCCAGCUCCCCAGUGGGUUCACAAUGAAUGAAGACAUAUCAGGAGCUGGAGGAGAGGCUUAUCUUCCAUCAUCCACCUGUGGGCCGCCCACAAGAAGAACACGUCGGAAGUCUUCUGCCACUUGUAACAUACACACAGCUGGGACCCGAGGACUCGGAGUAAUUCAGCUCGAAAUGUGGGUUAACCAUGAUGCUAAUAAGAACCCUUCCAGGGCUAUCAAUCUUACCAAGAUAUGCUGGGCUCUUCAGUUCUCAAGAGAUGUGAUGAGAUCCUAUUUGAAGAGUACAAAGGAGACGUUUUAUGUCAUGCCUGGUGGCCGGAGACAUGGAGAGAAGCAUAUUUUGCGAGGCACAUAUGUUAGCUUGCCCUGUGCUAUCGCAUUCAUUAAACGAUAUAGGCCUGAGUUGAAGGAGCUCCAGGGUGAUCUUGAACGCCUGGAGGAGAAACAGUGAAUGCCUAUGAGCUCCUAGUGAUCAACUAUUUUUCCUGUAUUAAUGCAGUCGUUCUAGACCUUAGCCUCUUCAUAAUGAGUUCUGAGAUUUUUGGGAUUGUAAUUUUGCAA